AUGCAGGGCGUUGGGAGCCGCUGCUUGCAGCUGCUGUCUCUGCCUCAGCUGCAGCCGCAGCUAACGCUGCUGCAGCAGGGCCCAGCAGCAGCAGCACAUUUGGUUGAAUCAAAGGAUUUGAGAGGAGGAGCAGCAGGAGCGGAAGGGGCGCCUUUUGCUGCUGCUGCAGUCUGCUGCAUCGGCAGCAACAGCAAUAUUGUUGCUGCUGCACUGCAGCAGAAACCAUACAUCGUUUAUUAUAACCUCACGCAAAAUAAUGCGGUGUACAGACAGUCUACGCCCUCUAUAUUGCGGUGCAUUGCUUCAGACAGCAGCGGCUCCUUUCUGUUUGGGGGUGAUGACUGCGGUGUAUUGACAGCUUGGCUGCUGCCAGCAUCGGUAGUGCAGCAAAGCUCAGGUGCCUCUGCUGCUGCUGCAGGAGCAGCAGGAGCAGCAGCAGCAGCAGCACCAGCACCAGCAGCAGCAGCAGCAGAGACGCUGCAGCACAAGCUGUCGCCGUUGCUGUGCAGCUGGAAAUCUCAUGACAGCAGCAUAUCUCAGGUGUACAUACACCGCAACCUGCUCAUCUCAGCAGCAAAGGACGGCUCCGUCAAAGCCUUCCUCUUGGCAGAUGUUAUAUCUUUUGGGUCGCUCGAUGAAGGCAGCGCUGUCUCUUCAGGUGUCUCCUCUUUAUUCAGCAUCAGCAGCAGCAUCAGCAGCAGCAUCAGCAGCAGCAUCAGCAGCAGCAGCAGCAGCAGCAGCAGCAGCCCAAAGCCUCUGCGGCGUUGGCAGGGACAUGUUGAUGCAGUUUGCUGCUGCUGCUUCCUCGAGGGCCCCGCGCUGCACCGCUCUGUGGGGCAGUGGCUUCUAAUCACUGCAGCAGCAGACAGAACUGUUCGAGUGUUUGGGAGUGAGAGUGAUGAGUGCUUAGAGGCCUUUCGUCUUCCUGCUGCUCCUCUUUGUCUUGCUGCUGAUGCUGCUGGAUCUGCUGCUCUUGCCUUUGUGGGGUGCAGCGACACCAACAUCUACAUACUCAAGAUUGCUGCUGCAGCAGGAAUCUGCAGCAGCAGCAGCAGCAGCAGCUCAACGCUUCUCAGAGAGGCCUGGGUUUGUCCCCCCUACGCGACCAGCACCACCAGCAUCAACAGCAGCAGCAGCAGCAACAGCAGCAGCAGCAGCAACAGCAGCAGCAGCAGCAGCAGCAGGGCUGCUGUUCUUCAAGGCCACUCUGCUGCAGUUCGCAGCUGUUUAUGUAUAGGAGAAGGGCUUCUGCUUUCUGCUGCUGCUGAUGGAUUUAGGCUGUGGGAAGUCGCAACAGCAGCAGCAACAACGCAUAUACCCCCUAGACAAGGCUUAGCGCUUCCUCUGGAGGGACUUCAGUUGCUGCUGCUGCAGUCGCCAGAGUCAAGGAGACUGCUGCCACCGCUGGGGAUGCUGCGGCAGCACAGCAGCAGCAGCAGUAGCAGUGGGGAGGCGGCAGCAACAACAGCCGUGUGUCUGCUGCAGCGCUCUGUAGAGCAGCAGCAGCUGCUGCAGGCAGCCUUGCUGCAGCAGCAAGCAGCAGCAGCAGCAGCAGCAGCAACAGAUAACCUCCCUGUAUUCACAGCGGACCCUCGGAGGUUCAAAAGACAUGCACAAAUUCUACAGGUGUACAGACACCGCAAGAGUCGAAGUGCUUGCAUGCAGCAGCUGCUAAAUAUUUCUCAAGGUGCAGCAGAGACGCUGCAAGAGGCAGUGCUGCGCCUCAUGGGUGCUGCAGGAGACUCUACAGCAGCAGCAGCAGCAGCACGAACAGGGAGUAAAAAACGCGCUGCUGCUGCUGCUGCUGCUGCUGCUGUUGUUGAUGCAAGGGAUGUAGAUGCUGCAGAGGCGUCCCCUGUCUCCUCUGAUGAUGAGAGCUGA